AUGUCAUCCAACAUAUGGCCAAGAACAGGACCAAAACGACAACGAAUAAUGGUUAUUAUUGGUGAUGAUAGUAUCAUUGAUCAAAUUGAAAACAACAACAGUGUAUCAUUCUUAAAACAAAUUAUUCUUCCGUCCGAUGGUAAUAGUAGUGAAAGGUUUGAUAAACAGGUUCAACCAUCAGAUAAGAAGAAUAAACCUAAGGAUGGUUCUUUGAUUUGUGUCGUUUGUGGAUCACCAGCACAUGGAUACAAUUUUGGUGCAAUUGCAUGUGAAAGCUGUAAGGCUUUCUUUCGUCGUAAUGCUCGAAAAGACUCUAAUACUCUCCCGUGUAAAAACAAAGGUGAUUGUCAAAUAACAUUAGAAACACGCCGUAAUUGUGUGGCAUGUCGCUUAGCCAAAUGUUUUAAUAGUGGAAUGCAGCGUGAUCGACUUUCUACGGAUGAACAAAAAGCAUCAAAACAUCGUCAAAUAGAAGAAAAUCGAAGUUUAGCAUUGAAUUCAAAUUCUCAAACAAAUGAACAAGACUUUCAAUUAUCAUCAUCCACAUUUUUGGACGAUUUAUUUACAUCGAUAGACACAAAUAUUCUUCUCACAGAUUUUACUUAUCUUCUAUCACCUCAGCCACAACAGACGCUACUCAGUCCGGAAGAUUUACAACGUGUAGAAACUAUAUCAGUUUUUUAUCAAAAGCGUAUUGAGUUUGCGGCUCGUGAUGGUCUUCCAUGGGAUCCAUCAGUGCAUGCAAACACAUUUUUACAAGUUCUCAACAGUCAAUCAGUAGCAGUCAUGCGACUUUUAUCAUUCUUCAAACAAAUACCUGAAUUUAUUCAAUUAAAUGUAGAUGAUAAAGUUACCUUGGUUAAAUAUAAUCUUACAACAAUUCUUGGUAUAAACUGUGCACUUUCAUACAAUACAGAAACUGGUCAAAUCAUUGAAAGUACUUCUGAUGUACCAGUAAAUAUGCAAUUCUUUCCAGUACUUCAUGGUUAUAAAAUGUGUAUGCAAUCAGGAAAGAUCUUUCGUUCAUUUUUACAUAUAGCGAAAUAUGAUCGGAAAAUCAUUGAAUUAAUACUGAUUAUACUUAUUCUUACAAAAAGCUUUUCAAUAAUUAAUCAUUCUGAUGAACAAAUAUUCAAUGAUGAAAUGUCUAUAUAUCGUGCACAAAAUUAUUACACAGAACUAUUGUGGAAAUACAUGGAAACAACGCAUGGAUAUAAAAAAGCAAUUGAUUUAUUUAGUCAACUUAUUGGUCAUGCCAUUUCAUGGCAAAUAAUUCAUGAAGAAAUGCGAAAUGAUAUAAUGCGAACAUUAUCACCAGAAGAUAUUAAUGAAUUAUUGCCAAUUGUCAAAUCAUUAUUGCGCAUUUCAUAA